CCUAAAUGUCACAUGGUUGUCAGCUCCCACGUGUAGCAGGAAGAAGUACUUGUAAACACUCCUCUGUAAAACGGCUAAAAUUAGAAAUAAGGCGAGAUUUCCUUGCAUGGUCACUGACAAAUUCUGCUGCUCUUCUUCGAAAGUAUUCAGCUGAAAGUGCUGAAAAGUUUUGGGUAAACCAACAGGAUACAGAAAAGCAGAACUGCCUUCAGAUCAAAUGUUUUCCUCUUCACAUUCUGUCCUCCUAAAAACCGGGGUUCAGAUGCCCCUCCUGGGUUUGGGGACCUACAAGUUGGUGUCUCCUGAAGAUGUCUCCCGGGCUGUGGAUGCAGCGCUGCUUGCUGGUUAUCGGGCUUUUGACAGUGCAGCCGUAUACCUGAAUGAAGCUGAACUGGGCCGAGCGCUUAAGCAGCUCCUGCCCAAACAUGGCUUAACCAGAGAGGAUGUGUUCAUAACCAGUAAGCUGGGCUCCAAGGAUCAGGGUAAGCGAGCCAUGGAAGGAGCCCUCCACAGCCUGUCUGAUCUGGACAUGGGUUACAUUGACCUCUACCUGAUCCACUGGCCUGGAACACAGGAUCUAGAGAUAACUGAUCCACGCAACUCUGGUAAAGAAUUCAUAUUCAUGCUGCUUAAGACGGCAGAUGGCAAAACAGAUUUAUUUUCAGUGGACGAAAGCAGGACCGUCGCAAUAAAUGUGUUCAGCAAAAAAGACUGUAAAGGUCCGCGCCAAAUCAUUUAAAGUCAAUUUUUUCAAAGGGUACGUUUUUGACAGUAUUUAAUGGGAUGUUAAGGUACACCCUCAUAAAAGUAGACAACAUUAGUUUAUGGGCAAGAAGAAGCUAAUCAUUUAGACAAUUUCAACAAAUAUACCUCUACCUAACUAUCCAUUUUAAGAUUAAAUUACCUUACAUGAGAGGAAUUUACCUUUAGCUUUUACAUUUGAGAGAGAAAUGCAUUGUAUAGCUAGAUGCAUUACUAAAAUAAUUACAUAAUACUAUAAUAAGAGACACUGAAUAACUUUUUCCAUGUGUAGCAAUAUUUGA